GUUGCCCAUUCCAAAUGUGCAACACAUAGGAACGUUUGGGACGGCAGAGAACUCGAAUGGGAACUAGAAGAACCCGAAGAAAGUGAAGAUAUUGCACCAUUCAAGAAAGUGGGUGAUAAUUUGAUAAAGUACUUUUGUCAUGAACAUCAUCUAAAGCUAGAGAAGUAUGACAGUGUUCGAGACGCAAAGAAACAAUCUCAAUCGUGCAUCCUUCGUAUCGACUCUAAUGAUUUUUACAAUUGUAUACAAUGUGAGUUCUUUCUUCAUGAAGUAUGUGCUGGUCUUCCUCAAAAAUUGGCUCAUGCAUUGCAUAAGCAUCCUUUGGUUCUAGACCCUUCUCCCAUAUUCGAUUACAAUUCCACAAGUUGUUCGACUUGUGCUCGUGAGUCCACUGGUUUUAGGUACAAAUGCUCAUCAAAAACUGAUUGCGACGAUGACUUUCAGUUAGAUGUUAGAUGCAUUUUAGUUCCUGAGUUAUUCACCCACAAAAAUCAUGAGCAUCCUCUAUUCAUCUCAACAUCAUAUUCAAGAAAAGGUAUCAUUUAUUGCCCUGGCUGCAAAGAUAGUGUUCGUAGUGAGUAUUAUCUACAAUGCACUACAUGUUCAUUUGCUAUGUGUUAUCGAUGCGCUACAAUUCCGUAUGAGUUAUAUUACAAAUAUGAUGCACAUCCUCUCUCACUAUGCUACGGAGAAGAUGCAGAGAAACCAUAUUGGUGUGAAGUAUGCGAGAAAGAAGUAAUUCCAAGAGAAUGGUUCUACUCAUGCAACAAAUGUUGCAUCACUGUCCACCUCGAGUGUAUAUUUGGAUCUUCCAUUUACGUCAAGUCAGGUGACACGUUCUAUUUUGGCUCUGAAUCGAUGAAAAUUCUUGGCAACAAUAGUCAUACUCGACCGAUUUGUUAUAAGUGUGACCAUCGUUGUCCGGACUCCAUAUACUACAAAUUGUUCGAGAAGGAUUUUUGUUCUUGGUUUUGUAUUUCGACAUCCGGCAUGGACAGUUUUGAGACGGAAUAA